AUGACUGAUUCUGCAGUUAUCCUUGAAGAACUCUUAUGGAAGGCACUAAAUUUUGCAACUCUUACACAAAGUUCUGUUUCUUUCUUUGACGUUGGAAAGACAGAGACAACAGUUUCGCGCUGGGGGCGAGCUCAAAUCCGAGCUUCAAAGAUUGGAAAGGGCUCGUCAAAGAAUGAGAAGGCUCAAAAACUAGCUAUCAAGAGCUGGUUAGAAGCUAUAGACCCACGCCAUCGAUAUGGUGUCAACCUAAAUCGUUAUCAUGAUGUGUGGUGCAACAGUGGAAGUUCACAACCAUUUUUCUACUGGUUAGAUAUUGGUGAUGGAAAAGAAGUUAUUGUGGAGCAAUGUUCAAGGAGUGAUCUACAGUCCCAAUGCAUCAAGUAUCUUGGACCAAAAGAGAGGGAAGCAUAUGAAGUAAUUGUGAAGAAUGGAAAGCUUAUUUACAAGAAAAAUGGUGUUUGUGUGGACACAAUUGAGGGUACCAAAUGGAUAUUUGUUCUCAGUACCUCAAGGACCUUAUAUGUUGGUCAGAAGCAAAGACACCAUUUUCACCAUUCCAGUUUUCUAGCUGGAGGUGCUUCUCUUUCAUCUGGAAGAUUGGUCGUCUCUAAUGGGGACCUCGAGGCAAUAUGGGCAUACAGUGGUCAUUAUAGACCAACAGAAGAGCAUAUUGAGGAGAUAAUAAGCUUUCUUCAGGACCACCAUGUUGACCUCACCAGUGUUAAGAAAUUCGCGAUAGAUGAUGACAUAGUACCCGGCAAGUCAAAAAUAUCAAAUGAAUCAAAAGAUGAUUGCACCAAAUAA